CCGAGGUCGAGUGGGCGGAGCAGCCCUCCGCCGCGGUGCACUGUGGGAAUCUCCCGGUCUGCAUCCCCAGCGCCGGUGCCCCAUCUAGCAAGCCCGCAGCCUGCCGCCAGGAGCAGCGCCCAUAGAAUGCCCAGGGGAGAGCAUUCCUGAAGCCGGUGCUGUCUGUCUGCCCAUCCUUCUGUCUGUCCACCAUGGAGUCCAGAGGCAAGCCUUCCAGCAGCCCCAAGCCGGACACCAAGGCGCCCUCGGCUACUGCCGAGCCCAAGGCUACGCCCUCCGCUGACGGCAAGAGCCCCUCAGCCAAGCCGGGGAGGAAGGAGGCACCCGCCGAGAAGCCAGAGCCGCCCGCCGCCCCACCCACCAAGAAGCCCCCCGCCAAGGCAGACCCCGGCCUCCUCAACAACCACAGCAACCUGAAGCCGCCCGUCGCCCGCAGCCCUGAGGCCGCUCAGGAGCCCAAGGGUCUGGGGGAUGGGGCGGAAGAGGAGGCGGCCUCGGGCGGCCGCCCAGGGAACCAGAGCCCCUGCCCUUUUGAGAACCUGACGCCCCUGCUGGUGGCUGGGGGGGUGGCCGUCGCUGCGGUCGCCGUCCUCCUCGGUGUGGCCUACAUGGUGGCCCGGAAGAAGUGAGACCAUCUGGGUGGGGCCCGGCCACCGCUGUACAGACCCCUGCAUGCCGCCCGCCCACAAACAGCCGAGGCCCAGGACCCCCAGGAGGACCCCCAGGUGCGGGCGGGACCCAGGAUGUCCCCAAAGAGUGAGGCCGGCCCAGGCCUUGGCGGUGCACGGGGUGGGGUGGGGUGGGCCCGCGGUCCCGGGAGCCCGGGGAGGUGGGCGCAAGGCUCCCUGGGCCAGGACCCCGGCACACGGAAGGCCGUGCGGCGCAGCUCUCCUAUACCUGCUCCUGCUAUUAUUCAUGGCCGCCACCCCCGUCAUAUAAAUGCAGCAACGGCAGAGGAGGGCCUGACUGCCGCAGCUGCAGCACAAGCAGGCUUCCAGCGAGGGCACCGGGCGGGGUGGCUCAGAAAUAAACUCAGUUGUUCAAAGGCCGGUUGGUGUGGUCACCUGCAUGCCACCCCAGGCAGCCCGUCACACGGCCUCCUGCCACAGCGCAGACACCCAGUC